CUCUUUCCUUCACACCUUUCCCUGCCCCCUUUGGGGCAUAUUCACUCACCAGCAUGAACCAAUCUUUACUCAAUCCCUUUGCCACUCCCGCCAUCCCAGAGUCAGUACAUCAAGUCCUCGCCCCUCAGACCGAAACAGCCUGCCUCUGUGCGCGCUUCAAUCCUCGCGGCCUCUUCGCUGGACAGUACAUAGCAGCCGCCAGAGCAGACUGCGCUGUCGCCAUCUAUGACUUGGAGACACGCUCCCUCGUCCGAUUCCUGGAGGGUCAUGUUCGCCCGGUCACUAGCUUGGAUUGGAGCUCCACGGGCAGGUUCCUGGUGAGCGGCAGCAUGGAUUGGAACGUAGUUGUAUGGGAUCUGAAGAAGCGCGAGGGAGGUGCCAGGACAAGGACGAUCCGAUUUGAUGCACCUGUCAGUCAGGUCACAUUUGCGCCGGGCACAAGCAGGGUAUUGCUGGUAGUGCUGGAAUCGCAGCAGGCUAUUGUCGUCGACCUGCGUAGGAAGAAGAGACGGAGGAUGGCAAUACCGAGCGAGGCUUCGAGCGGGCAGGCGGGGCCGUCCAAAUGGCAGACAAUGGAGCUCAAGAUUGAUCUGGCACAAAGACAUGCUGAGGAGUCGGGCGAGGACGAUGCUGGCCUGCCCCCCAUCACUGCUGCCCUCUUUCAUCCCUCGGGCGCUUACAUCUUUGCAGGCACCACGCGAGGGGAAAUCUUGGCCUUCUCGUUCCAAGACUCUCCCUCGCCUUCUUCCUCGUCCGCCACUUGCCGCUUGAUAGCCCGUUCCAACAUCUCCGGCUCCUCUGCCAUUCGUGAGAUGGCUCUGGACCGCUCAGGACGCAGCAUAGUCGUCAACUCCAACGACCGCUCUAUCCGCGUCAUAGCAAUCGAGGUCCCACCCCUUUCUCCCAUCAACAAAGCUCCUCCCUCCUCGCCAGAUGCCGUAGUCUCCAUCUCAACAGUGCAUCGCUUCCAAGACCUAGUCAAUCGCACCCCUUGGAACGGCGUUGGCUUCAGCGGCGACGGCGAAUACAUCUAUGCAGGCGCUGCUCACCAAGCAGCGCACAACGUCUACAUAUGGGAUCGGGGCUCCGGUAUCCUGGACAAGAUCCUCGAAGGCCCCCGCGAGCCACUAGUAGAUGCCGAUUGGCACCCAGUUCGCCCCCUCAUCCUAUCCGUCAACGUCAGUGGCUCACUCAACGUCUGGUUCACGCCGAAUGCAGAGAAUUGGUCAGCGUACGCGCCUGGCUUCGAGGAGUUGGAGGAGAACGUCGAGUAUGAAGAGGGCGAAGAUGAGUUUGAUUUGGAAGAUGAGGAGGAGGAGAGACGUAGGAGGGAGAAUGAUGAAGAGGAGGGAGGUGAGAUAGACCUUUGGACUCUUGUAGGAGCACCUGCGCCGGCGAGGGGGGUGGGGGGCACCAUAUUUGAUGUGGAAAGGAGAGUGAAGGGUCAGGGCGAUAGGGAUGGGCAGAAGAUGGAAGUUGAUGAGGAGCAGGGAGCGGAUGAACAGUGGCAGUACGCCUGGGCGGAGGACGAAGAGCUCGAUGGCGAGGACUUUGCACUGCACGUUGUGCUGCAAGACUUUCAGUCGCGGGACUACCGCGACGCUGAUACCACGUAGGAAAGGCCACGCAAUUGCAUUUCCUGCAUGCUCU